AUGCGCCACGAUUCGGAGCACGAUCCGGAAGCUCUUGCGAGGGAAACCGAAAUCCUGGAAGGCUGGGAACGCUUGCACCCUCCUCCGCAAGCACCGGCACCAACACGAGCACCAGUAGAAGAUGACUAUGUUGUUGGGCCGAGGAAGCCUUCCCCGCCGCCGGCGGCGGCAGCGAAGAGCAACGACGGCAACGGCGACGGCAACGGCGACGGUAGUAGCACCGUCAACGACGACGCCGGGCAGGAGGAGAGCAUCAACGGGGGAGACGGGUUCGGUGGCGGCGGUGGCGGCGGGAUCAGAAACGCCUGCAGCGGUGGCGGCAAGGGAGGCUCGGCAAAAGGCGGGCGGAAAAGAAGAAAGCCCGCAGCUACCGUGGAGUCGAUGAUCCAGCGGGCUUUCGAAGACGAUCGAAGGAUGACCCUCCGGCUCAAGUGCCCCUUGCAACAGCAACGAGGAGGUGCAAUGGACCCACUGCACAGGCUCGACGACAUGAUAGGGACUCGAUCGCAAAACUUAUCUGCCACAACUGAGGUGGAGCUCUCCCUGCACCAUCCUUGUCGUGACGCCAUGUGCGUCGACCGCCAGGCGCAGCGGCUGAUGGAAGGAUACAGCUCCAACAGUCGGAGGAGCCUAAGCGCGCCCUCGGGAACAACACCGUCGACGGCUAUACCGCCGGAGGAGGAGAGGUCUACUCUGCCCGUCAGUCUAAGGAUCGCUGUGGGUCGGGCCAAGGUAUCGGCUGACAAUAUGAUAUGA